AGGCCAGCAGGAAGCUCCUUCCAAGAACCAAUUGCCCGAAUAUGAUCCCAAGGCGCGUACACCAAGAUAGUUAGUUGAUGACGAAGAGGCAGCCCUGACAGAUGAGCAGUGCUAUCUCUGCCCGGGCAACCAGCGAGCGCAGGGGGAUUCGAAUCCGCAAUACGAGAACACGUUUGUCUUCGUCAACGACUACAGCGCAGUCAAGGAACAACAGCGGGAAUACAAGCCAGAGGGCUCGGGGGAUGACAUUGCAUCACUUCUCCUCCAGGCGCAGGCCGUCACCGGCCAAUGCUAUGUGCUGACCUUCUCGGCGAAGCACCACCUCACCCUAGCCGACAUGGCCGCGCAAGAUAUCCUGCCCGUCAUCCAGACUUGGACUCGGAUCUUCGCUUCUCACAUGUCACCAUCGCACCCGCUGGCCGCCCAGGCUACCGAAGUUUUGAGGACACUACCCUCUUCGCAAGAAGACGAGGUCCCCCGGCCUGUGAACCAACUGCGGUACAUGCAGAUUUUCGAGAACAAGGGCGCCGCGAUGGGGUGCUCGAAUCCUCACCCCCACUGCCAGAUUUGGACGACGUCCGCCAUGCCCGAGGAGCCUGGUAAGGAGCUGGCGCAACUGGGCAAGUAUCGCGCGGACCACGGUGGGAGGCAUCUGCUUGCGGACUACGUCAAGCUGGAGAUUGAGAAGAAGGAGCGGAUUGUCUGGCAGAACGACGCCUUUCUGGUCGUCUGUCCGUGGUGGGCUGUCUGGCCAUUCGAGGUCCUGAUAAUCGCGAAGCGCCAUGUCCGCGCCUUGGUUGAUCUAAGCGAUCAGGAGAGGCUGCAGUUUGCCGAGGCUAUCCAGGAGGUCACGAGGCGGUAUGACAACCUGUUCAAGACCAAUUUCCCGUACAGCUCUGGAAUUCAUCAGGCGCCAUUGGAGUGCACGGAGGAGGAAGCCGAGACAAGCUACUUCCACAUGCACUUCUAUCCCCCGCUUCUUCGGUCCGCGACUGUUCGCAAGUUCCUCGUUGGCUACGAGCUUCUGGCCGAACCACAGCGAGACAUCACGCCGGAGCAGGCGGCUGCGAGGUUGAGGGAUUGUGGAGGCGAACUCUACCGCAAAUCGAUAGAGUGAGCGCAUGGCUGACCAAGAUGAUGGAACGCAUGCUGCGACACCUCGAAUUGGUUAGCUUGGCAAUGUACAAAUGUACAUUUCCCAUUUUUACGUUGCUCUCGAUCUAGCUCUGAUAAUUAUCUCCAAUAUGACUAUUUUGGCCGGCGGAGUCGACCCCCUC